AUGUCUUCGCAAUUCCUCAGACGCUUUACUGCUCGCCCAGCAACGGGCUUCCUCCGCACCCCUCUCCGCAGCACUCGCCUUGCACCAGCUUCCUCUCGCUUCUACGCCGACGAGGCCUCACCGGGUCAUUCUUCCAACGUAGGAAAUCCGACCGCCUCCUCGGCUGAAAGUCAAGGAAUCAAUCAGUCCCGCGCCACGGACUCGAAGUCAGGCUCCCCCGAUACUGCGAGCUUGGCGACGCCGGCGCAAGCAGACAACCAGGGCGGAAUGAGCGAGGAACCGUCGGGUGCUCAUGAAAACAUACGGCAGGAUCCGAACAAGCCGGAUGAGGAGAAGGCGAAGCAGACGUUGAAGGAGGGGGAGAAGCCGUUGGAUCCUGCUGAUAAGUAG